AGUAUGCAAUGCAUACUGCUCAGCUACAACCCCCAAUUAUACUGCAACUGGGGUAUUCGUGACUGGACGUCUGGGGGAUCACACACAUUUCCGAUUAGAGGAGGAGGAGGAGAGAGAGAGAGAGAGAGAGACACACACACACACACACACACACACACACACACACACACACAGAGGGAGGGAGGGAGGGAGAGAGAGAGAGAGAGUUUACCCUUUCAUUUCAACCAAUGAGACGGUAGAUACACUAACAUUUUCAUAGUUGUGCAGGAGCACAAAGUGAGCUGUCUGUGUGAACUUCCAGGUAAACUGCAAACCGACUCAAGCUCCUGAUAUUCAGGUCUUCUCCUCUUUAAGCCCUCGAGGCCGCUCCUCCAGGCUUUGAUGCCCACACUCUUUGACGCAGGUGGACAGACACAGGCAUGAGUAACAGUGGGACCAAAGAGCCGUCUCCCCAGCCGAGCACCGCCCAGUCACCUCCUGAGCCUCAGCGCAGGGGCAGGGGUCGGCCACGGAAACAGCAGCAGGAGCCUGUUGGACCACCAACUCCAAAGCGGCCGAGAGGAAGACCGAAAGGCAGCAAAAACAAAGGCCCCAGAACUGCACUGAAGAAAGUAGAGCCUGUUGGGGAGAGACGACCACGUGGGCGACCAAGGAAAUGGCCCCAGAAAGUAGUUCAAGAAGCAACUGAAGAGCAGCAGGGCCCUUCAGAAGAGGCUGAGGAGGGUCCCUCGCAGCUUGAGCCUUCUACAUCUCAGGUCCCAGCGGAGGAGGAAGGGGAGUAGAUAGGAUGCCUCUCUACCUACCUCAAGGUUUGGCCUCAGACAAACAGGGGUACAGUCUGACUCCUAUCUGUGAUGGGGAUUCAGGAACACACACACUCACACACACAAAAUCAUUGCAUACGGUGGUUUCUUCUCCUCAUCCGAUACUGUACCCUGGUUUUGUUGGUUCACUAUAAGAGUUUGGUGAACAAACUCUGUUUUAACAUGGAUGGAUUUGAUCUUUGGAUAUGGCUUUUGUUAAAGGAGUAGUUCCACAUUUUGGCCAACACCCUUUCCUCACUUUCCUGCCCGAGAGUUCAUUCAGAAGCUUGAUACCACUCUACGGUAAAUUAAGCUUCUGCCAACAACUGAUGAGCUUAGCUUAGCACAAAGAGUUGAAACAGACAGAAAGAGCUAGCCUAGCUCUGUCUAAAGGGAACAAAGUGUGCUUACCAUUACCAUCUAAAGCUCAUUAUCUAACAUCUUAUAUCUCGUUUGUUUAAUCCAUAAAUAAACCAAAGUGUAGAAAUUACAUUUUUUUAUGUUUUUACAGGGGUCAUGUGCCUUUUGAGUUUACUAGUAGGUGGGUUUGUUAUACCUUUUGGCAGAGCUAGGCUGUUUCCAGUCUUUAUGCUAAGCUAAGCUAAGCUAAUCCUUUUUCAAUUCAAUUAAUUCUAGGCAAGAAAGCCAAGAAGCGUAUUUCCCAAAAUGUCCAACUAUUCCUUUUAAGGAUUCUUGCUUUCCUGUCCCUCCCAGUGUGUGUGUGUGCGAGUGUAUGUGUGUGUGAGUGUGAGUGUGUGUGGUGGUUGUGUGGAGAGGGGGGCAGGGUUGCGGGCUAAAAUGAGAGGGGGGUUUCAAGAAAAAAAAGGAACCAAACUAAACCGUUUUAUUGAAACAUGUUUCUAAAUCAAGUGCCAUGAAUCCUCAUAUGAAACGGGAGCAAGACGGUGACAUUUUUACCAAUGUUACAAUAUAAACAUGGUGCUCUGAAGUCAUUAUUAUGAAAGUAGACGUGAAAGGUUUUAGCCCAAAAUGAAAUAUCCAAUUUGGGGAGGGGAGAAAUGUCUUAUUACGUUCAUUGUUCAGAGUAAAAAAUACAUUGCAAAUGUCAAUGUAAGCAAGAGUACAGUAUUCAAGUUAAUAACCUCAGUGAACACCGUUUUUUUCUUCCCCCUUCCAACCAGCAGCUGUUUUAAGAAAAAAAACACCCAAAGGUUUUAAAUGGAUGUUUCAUUUUGGGUAGAAAUCCUUCAUAUAUACUUCAGUCAACAACAGCGUUGACGUGUCAUUUUACCACACUCAGGAUUUUACUAUUACCGUGCUUUUACACCAUAUUGAAACCUCAGGUACAAAACUAUUCAGGAACAUGUUGUCAGUCUACUCAGUAAUAAUUAUUGUGCUGUGUUUGUUGUGCAUUUCUGAUCUGUAUUUGACAUUACCAGUAUGCCUUGACACAAAGACCUCAUUUAAACCUCACUUGCUCUCAGUUUCUUAAUCUCUCAUUCUACCUCAGUAACACAAAAGACAGACGAUCUCCAACAAAGUGAUUCUCAACUCCCUCAACAGCAACGACACACAUUUGCUGUAUACACACACACACACACACACACACACACACACACAAACAAACACAUACACACACACACACACACACACACACACACACACAGAGAUAGAGAGACACGUACACACAUACAAACAGGUUCAUGUGCAGAUAUACAACACAGACAGGCAAAGGGUUUUCAAGACCUACAUACCAACACACAGAAGCAACUAGUACACUCCUACAGAGGAUUUUACUAUCGGUGUACAAAUAAAAGCAUCAUUUCUUUAAAAAAAAAAAAAUUUUGUUAAAAGCUGAAAAGAGACUUGGUUUGUUCUCCUGGGAAAUAAAAUGCAGCCAAUAGUUUACAACAACUUGAUAAAAUAAUUGCUUUUUAGGGUAUAGUUCCUUAUGAAAUACUUGUUUUUUUUUUUGGGUCGCUUACUCUUUUCUCAUUUUUACUACAUCAUGUAUUUUCUGAUUCUUACACUGUAAAUUGUAUGUGUGACACUCUUAAUUCAUGUGAUUUGAAAGGAAGGGCAGCAAAUAACAACACGGUGCUGAAAUACAUUAUGAUUAUGGAAAACAACAACAACAAUCACCACAGUUGCCUUGUAUGAAAAUUGCCAAAUAAAUUGUGGGGGAUUCAUUAAUACUAAACGCUGCAUCAAUAGCCCUGCCUUUGUUUGGCCAAUUUUUAAUAGAAAAAUUACCUAAGUUGUUCCUUUCCUUCCUAAUUGGCUAUUAAAAGCAAGAGUAUAACCUUGCCGCAAUGUGACAAUAAUGUGUAAAUGCAAAAACUAUAAUGUAACAGAAGCACAAGUAGAGUCAGCAAAAGUAACACUGUUUAUUAAGGAACAUCUAUCUAAAGAUUGUGUUACUGUUCAUACCAGACCAAGUGAGGCUGUAGCAGGAAAACCCCUGAUUUUCAUUUGUUGUUGCAGAAGUUACAUGGUCUUGCUUUGAAGGGUCAGUCCACCCAAAUUACAAAAAAGAAACAUACAGUAUUUAACAUUAGUGGUAUCCAGCCAUGCAGAUAGAUUUGGCUUUAUUUGGCCAGGUUUUAAAAUAUCUGUUCCUUCUUCUGGCACUUCAAUGCAAGGGAAAUUUUAUUGGGAUUUUGUUUGUGGUCGGACAUUAUUGUGCUCAUGGUGUGAAAAGAGAAACAAAACUAUCUGCAUGAUAAGAUAACACUAGAGGUUAAGUAUGUAAACAUGUUUGUAAUUUGGGAGAACGCACAUUUUAGGGUUAACUCAUUAAAAAAAGUUGUACAUUUUAUCUGUAAUAAUUCAGUAACAAUUUACUUGUCAUACACCUGUAGGAUGCUGUUGGUAUUUUGGAGGACCAUGUAUCUCUAGAUUACCAAAUUAUUUUGUUCUAAAAAUCAAAGGUUUCUAGCCUCCAGUCUGUUUUUACAGAAAUAUAUUUUGAUACCUUGUUGGACAGGAUUUCUGCAUUUAAACUGACAGCCUGUUGCAAUUGCUUCUGCUGUCAUCCUGCGUGGUAGACAUUUAUCCAACUACAUAUCACUUACUGGUCGUCCAUUACAUGACUUGAAUAUUACCCAUUAUUUACUGUAUAUAUCAAGUGUUCUUUCCACCUAAAACUUGCUUAUUUUAUCACUGAUUACAUGUUGUAUCCCAGUAAUUUUAUGUAUUUCAGCACUGUUGACUAAAUUGCUGCCAGAGAAGCUUAAUUCAUUUACAGACAGGUAUGUUUUCAUGUUCAACUGCAUUGACUUUACUUUUUUUGCCCUCUGGACUACCUCUGAAAACUAACAAGCCUGGGAAAUCUCUGAGGAAGUUGUUGGUUAGUCGUACCUAACCUUUUUCCAUCAGACCCUGCAGGCGAUGUGGAUCAUGAAAUCUUGAAAUAACUGUCAAACUAGUACUGUUGUAGUCCACUCAUCUCAUCUCACUACAUUCAUAUCACCAUAAUGAAUGGAAGUCAGCCUGAAGGGUGCCUGUUAAUUUAACUACAGCUAAGUCAAUGUUUGUUAUUUUACACAAGCUGUGUCUGGAUAUUUACUCUCUAUAUGGGGAAAAUGUAGUUCUGUGAUCUUACUAAUAGUGAUAUAGUUACAUACAGUACUUGAUCCAUUUUCAACUAUUGAAAAGUUGAAGUGUAACUUGAGAAAUCAUCUUUUAUCCCUUACUUUUAACACCAUUUUGUAGUUAUGUUAUUGAUGUGUCCUCAUCCACUUCAUUAAUACAACUCACAAACCUGUGAUAUAUAUUUUGUUAUGAUUCUUUACCAUGUGAUUUGUGUUAUCCUGCUUCUUUAUUGCUUAUCAAUAAAAUAUCACACGUA